AUGAGGCGCAACCAGGAGCCCCACCAACGGGAGGUGAGACUUCUGAUUCUUGAGAUGGAGCAACCCGAUUUCAUCACUCAAGAGGUAGAAAGAAUGGAAUCAGCGUUGCGUGAAGUCGAAAACUGGGGAAAUGCUUCGUCUCCGAGAGCCAGACCGUUAAUUCAAAGAGUUUCAUCCGUGCUGAGAGGCAUCAAGCCGGAUUUUCAGAAGUAUUUUGAACCCAGGCUGGUCUCCAUUGGUCCUUUGCAUCAUGGCAAGUCCAGGUUCAAGCGAUCCGAGCAGGCCAAGCACAAACUCGCUGCUCUGUUCGUACAAGAGAAUGGAAUUACCGCAAGAUCUCUGUUUGACAAGAUUAAGGUCGAGAUAAACGAGUUGAGGGAGUGUUAUAAUCCGGAUGAUAUAAAAGAAUUCGAUGACGAUAGGCUGGCUUGGAUGUUUUUCAUUGACGGCUCUGCAACAUUGUUUACCAUACACAAUAUUGUAAAACGUACGUUUGAGAACCUCAAAACUAAAGUAGAUCGUUUGGUAUUUGCGCAAGUUGAUGUGUUCCUGCUGGAAAACCAACUUCCUUACCGAGUCCUGCAGAUUUUGAUCGAGUCAUCCAAGGAACCUCAACAAUGGAAAAACUCAAUCACAAAAUUCAUAGCCGAAAGCCUAAUGACUAACGUGGAAAGUGGGCGGCAGAGCCAACACGGAGGCAUUCGAGAAGACGGGGAAGACGAUUACGCCCACCUACUGGAGCGCUUGAGGGAAGAACACCUGACGGGGUCGAUCGAGGAGAACAGCAAGACCGCCUUCGGCAGGAUGUUCCUCUCCUGGGGAGACAACCAAAAACACCGGAAGACAUAUCGUAGCUUCAAGGAGCUCAAGGAAUCUGGAAUAAAAGUGCAGCCAAGCGAAUCGAACAACUUGAAAAACAUCUCAUUCCACUGCAAUUUACUGGGGAGGCUGAAGAUGCCACGCCUUCUGGUGGAUGACUCGAUAGCUUUCAAGUUCAUGAACUUGGUAGCCUUGGAGACGUGCCUGGAUUACGAAAAUGAUUUCGCCAUAACCUCUUAUCUGUGCUUCUUGGAUUCCCUCAUCAACACGGCCGAAGAUGUCAAGGAGCUUCGUGUCAAAGGUUUGAUUCACAACUACCUGGGAAGCGAUCAAGAAGUGGCUGAUCUUUUCAACAAGAUGAGCAGAGACUUGGUGCCUGAUCAAGGGAUUUACAUUAAAGUUACUGAGAGCAUCCAUAAGUACUGCAACAAUCCAUUGACGCCUACUGUGGCUCAAUUAAUUUACACUCAUUUUAGUAGCCCAUGGACUGUGUUUGGCUUCUUUGGUGCCAUAUUUUAUCUGAGCCUCUCCAUUAUUCAGGCUUAUUUCUCUUCCCAAGGCGGAUCAAGACAUUAACCAGUGCUUUAAGUGCGUA